CAGCCCCGGUGCUGGAUGCGGAAUCAAGUCUAAUGUCAAAUGCAGCGUCAAAUGCAGCGUCAAAUGCAGCGUCAACUCCAGUGUCAAAUCCGGUGCCGAAUGCAGAGCGACAAGACGAGCCGGUGUUGACCAAAACAGUCGCCAAUAACCGUCCAAAGCCCGUCCAAGCGACCCGCUUCCUCUUGCGGCACACUCUGCCCCCAUCUGCCAUCGCAACAGCCCCGUCCAACAGCCAUGAGCAACGUCAAGAAGGACCUGCUGUUCAACACACACGGCACCAGCAGCCAGCCCGAGGAAGAGGCCCUGCCUGCUUACGGACCAGCUCAUCCUGUGCCUGCCUACAGCCAGCCCUUGCUCGCAGACCCAGGCCAGGCCAGCACUGGCCAAAACAACGCCUUCGUCUAUCCUCCUCAGCCUGCCCACCCCGUGCAGUACGAUCCUACCGCAGAUAAACAUGUCCGCCGACUGCGCAAGUUCCGAUGCUGUGGCCUGUCCAUCGGCGGUGUGGUGCUGGUGGUGCUCAUCGUCGUUGGGGUUGUGCUUGGCGUUUACCACAACGUCAUCUUUGGAGCAAUCCAGGGCAACUACCAGUGGCCGUCAAACUCGAACCUGCAGCCUCAAAACGAGUUCGAGAGUCCGUUCCCGAUGAUCCCCGAAGGCAGCUAUCCUUCGUAUCCGCUCCAGUCGCCGAUCAGCGUCAGCGGUAUCUCGGCCGUCUCGGUCAGCGUCCAGGGCUCGAUUUCGGCCGGCUUUGUCCUCACCUCCCAUAAUCUCAACAACUCCAAUGUCCUCCUCACCUACCACUACCAUCUCUCGGACCAGUCGCUGCUGAGCCAAGUAUCAGCCACCGUCAACACUCAGGGGACGCUGUCGCUCCUGGUCCAAGCCCCAACAGCGACUGCCUCACAGAGCUACUUUGUCGCUGUCGAGGUCCAGCUUCCCCAAGUUCUCAGCAGUGCCCUCAAUAUCAGUCUUACGUGCGCAAGCGGUACCAUCUCGAUCGUCAAUCUUCACCCAACACAGGCUCUGGGACUUGUUCAGAUUCAGGCUGCAAGCGCCGACGUUGCCGUUUCGAACGUUGUCACCGCAGCCUCUUCAAACAUCACCCUUCAGACCACAAGUGGUAAUCUGGCCCUGCAGAAUUCCAACAUCAGCGCCCUCUCUGUCGUCAGCACCAGCGGCAAUGUCGGUCUCACGGCUGUUGUUUCGACCUUGCUCGAUAUCUCAACCAACAGUGGCAGCAUCCAGACGACCGGAUCCUCGGCUUCUCAACACGCCGGCUUCACCACCACGAGCGGACGAUUUAGUGGCGAUAUUUCCAUCGGCUCUCAGCUCAAGCAGUCCUCCACUAGCGGUGAUGUUUCGCUGGGUGUCUCGCUCACUGGAACUAUCUCGACCGCCUACUCCCUUGACUUCCAUUCCACCAGCGGCGAUAUCAGCCCCCGGUUCUCUGGCCCGAUUGUCGGCUCCAUCGACAUCACCACCAACUCCGGCUCGGUCCAGGUCAGCGGCAGCUCGGUCGUGCUGAGCCCCUCAACAGGCUCAAAGGAAGUCACCGGACAGGUUGGCGGAAGCACUUCGCCGAGCCAUCUGACCGUUUCCACGACCAGCGGAGAUGUCAACGUCCAGUUUUCUUGAGGGACAACCUAAUGCGGUCCUGUCGACUAUACCUUUUGGCUCAUCCGUCCCAUGACGGCUUCACUCUUGUUGUUAUUUCUUGGCUUUACUGGCGCCACUGACCAGUGACCAAAUACAAGUCCGACAAAUAUAUCGAUUUUGGACACA